AUGUCACCACGUAGAGGUGGAGACCUACGUGAUCGGCGGAAAGGUGGACAAGACAAUGCACGAAUGUGCACACCUAAUGUAGGAACCCCUCAACAACCAGCUACUCCAAAUGAAGUACCACCAACUCAAGCAGCAAGAGCUGAAUUAGUGAUUGCACCACUGAUAUUGGAAGCAGAUUCACUAACUAAAAUAAAAAUCAAUCAUCUCAUAAAGAAUCACCUUCCGGACGUUAAAGUCUCAAAUAUCCAAAACAAAAUCGUUCAAACACAUUUGCACUGUAUGCAAAUGAUGUGA